ACGGCCAAAAAGGAGAAGCAGCUAUUUACUUAGUCACUUGCCAAUAUGAGAAGAGACCAGAGAGUAGAAAAGGAGGACACGGUUAAGAAUUAAAAGUCAACACCGCUGGAAGUUAAAUUGGCAAUUAGAUUGCACCAGUUUUGGAGACAACCUGGAGUGUUUUUUCUUUUUGUCAAGAAACUAGUGGCAGUACUGAAAACAGCAAGUUGGACUUCAUCUUGGGGCAACAAAGGAAUUUAACAAGUUCAUAGAAUGUGUGUAGGAUAGUGAUACUUGGCAACGAUGAGACUUUUAUCUUCCAAAACUAACAUAAAACACUUGUUGCUGUGUGUUUUCUUGGGCCAUCUUUGGGGAGUAGCUGACUCCACCACUACAUCACCAAGCCCAGCGAGUACAGUAGCAAAGUCAAGCCCAACAACAACAACGACGUUGCCACCAACAACUGCAACUGCAAGGCCUUCUACCCCAAAUGUUAAGAAUGUGACGCAGGGAGCACAAAACAAGGCUAACAGCACUGAAUCCAAUUUAGUGACAGCUACCCCAAAUGUUAAGAAUGUGGUGCAGGUAGCACAAAACGCUAACAGCACUGGAUUCAGUCUACCUGGAGUGACAGCUCCCCCAAAUGUUGAGAAUGUGGAGCAGGUAGCGCAAAACGAGACUAGUAUAACUCUGAAAUGGACAAAGGUUAAUAACUCGACUUACAUCCUACGUUACAUCGACACAGAAGAGAAAAUUAAGGAAAUUAGAUUACCAGAGACGCAAGACGAGUAUGUGGUCUCUGGCCUGACUCCUGGGAGAAUAUACAGUUUCACUCUCAUCACUGUGUUUGAGGACCACAACAGCACUGGAUUCACAAUUAAUGGAGUGACAGCUCCCCCAAAUGUUGAGAAUGUGGAGCAGGUAGCGCAAAACGAGACUAGUGUAACUCUGAAAUGGACAAAGGUUAAAAACUCGACUUACAUCCUACGUUACAUCGACACAGAAGAGAAAAUUAAGGAAUUACCAGAGACGCAAGACGAGUAUGUGGUCUCUGGCCUGACUCCUGGAGAAUACAGUUUCACUCUCAUCACUGUGUUUGAGGACCACAACAGCACUGGAAUCACAAUUAAUGGAGUGACAGCUCCCCCAAAUGUUGAGAAUGUGGAGCAGGUAGCACAAAACGAGACUAGUAUAACUCUGAAAUGGACAAAGGUUAAUAACUCGACUUACAUCCUACGUUACAUCGACACAGAAGAGAAAAUUAAGGAAAUUAGAUUACCAGAGACGCAAGACGAGUAUGUGGUCUCUGGCCUGACUCCUGGGAGAAUAUACAGUUUCACUCUCAUCACUGUGUUUGAGGACCACAACAGCACUGGAUUCACAAUUAAUGGAGUGACAGCUCCCUCAAAUGUUGAGAAUGUGACGCAGGUAGCACAAAACGAGACUAGUAUAACUCUGAAAUGGACAAAGGUUCAUAACUCGACUUACAUCCUACGUUACAAGGACACAGUUAAGGAAAUUACAUUACCAGAGACGCAAGACGAGUAUGUGGUCUCUGACCUGACUUCUGGAACAAAAUACAAUUUCACUCUCAUCACUGUGUUUGGGGGCUACAACAGCACUGGAAUCACGUUUACAGGAGUGACAGUUCCAAAAAAUGUUCAGACUGUGACUGCGCUGACACAAACUGAGAGCAAUAUCACUGUGAGAUGGGACAAGGUUAACAACAUUUCACAUUACAAACUACAAAGGGAUGGUAACGACACGUGCAACAUCAGUGAUACCACCAAUAAUACAUCGGUUACAUAUACUAUCAAAGAACUUCCUGCUGGGAAAAACCACAGUUUCAAACUCAUCACUGUGUUUUACUAUGCCUCCAGCACUGGAUACACAUUUACUUUUCCUACUGCUCCUCCCAAGGUGCCUACGGUCAACGUGACCAAACGCUUUGUGACCAAUAUAACUCUAGAGUGGGAGGAUGUGGAUACAAACUGGGAAUACUUGCUUCAGAGUAAUGACAGUGAUGUGAAAAUCAACCGCAGAUCCUCGAAUAUUGUGUCCUACUCAGUCACAAAUCUCAGCGCUGGAACAAAAUAUUUUUUCAGAGUGAUCACAAUGUUCUCUGGACUCAACAGUACCUCUCAUGAAUUUAACACCAUAACUGCUAUAGACUGUGCGAGUGCAGAUUGGCAAGUUAGUAGCACAUCAAUCCAGGCAACGAUUGAUGGCUUGUUCUCGAAUGCAACUGCCAACAAUGGAUCACAAAAUCAUGUCAGUUCUGGAAGUAGACAUGUGUCAUUUAAUGAGCUUUACCCUGGUGCAACCUACGAGAUUCAUCUUGUGUAUGAAAUGAAUUCCAUGCUUUAUACACAGUGUCUUCACAACGUAACAAUCCAGCCUCAGAAAUUAAGUGCUAGAUGUAAGUCCACGAAUUCUGGCUUCUCCAUCUUCAUUGAGUGGGAUCCACUGGAUGGUGUGUGGACUUCUGUGGAAGUGGACGUGACUGGAAAAACUCCUACCUCAGUAUUAAGCAAUACACAGUCUCAGACAGUAAAGACAGUAUCUGACUGCCGACCUGGUGCAACCUAUAACGUGACAUUAACUUCACUGUCUGGGUCUGUACGAAGUGACGCGUUAAACUUUGACUGUAAAACUAGCGCAGCUGUCAUUGUAGGCCCUGUGUGUGCUGCAGUGCUAUUUUGUAUCCUGGUCUGUCUGGCUGUCUUCAUUUUCCUUAAAAGACCAGGCAUUUUCAGCAGAAAAAAGUCAUUCAUUAGUGGAUCCAAACAACCUAACACAGAGAGCAAACCCAUAUCUGCAGCAAAGUUUCCAGACCACUUCAAUCUGCUGAGUUUGGAUGAGAACAGAGGUUUCAGCCAGGAAUAUGAGGACCUCAGUACUGUUGGCACGGAGCAGACACGAAAGGUAGCCAUUCUACCGGAGAACAAAGUGAAGAAUCGUUUCACUAAUGUCCUGCCAUAUGACUGGUGUCGGGUGAAGCUAACUUCAUCAGAUGAGACUUCAGACUACAUUAAUGCCAAUUACAUGCCAGGGUACAACACCAAAAGAGAAUACAUUGCUACUCAAGGUCCUCUGCCGUCCACAGUCAACGAUUUCUGGAGAAUGAUCUGGGAACAAAGAUCGAAAGGCAUCGUGAUGGUAACCAACUGCAUCGAAGGAGGACGGGCCAAGUGUGAACAGUACUGGCCCGCAGACAGCCAGCCCUGCCUCUAUGGAGAGUUGCUGGUCACUAAGAGAUCUGAGCAACAGAAGCCCAACUGGACACUGAGAGAAUUUAGUGUGAAACACAAAAGCACAUCAGAAGAGCGUGCAGUGAAACAUUUCCACUUCACUGCCUGGCCCGACCAUGGAGUCCCUCAGUGCACUGAAGUCUUGAUCGAAUUCAGAGGACUGGUGAGACAGCACAUCGAGGAAGAGGGGUUUAAAUCACCGACUGUGGUUCACUGCAGCGCUGGAGUGGGGAGGACGGGCACUAUAAUUGCCCUGGAUGUACUGCUUCAGCAGCUACAGAAACAACAAGCUGUGGGCAUCAAAGCUUUUGUGCACAAGAUGAGACUGAAUCGACCGUACAUGGUGCAGACAGAGUCCCAGUAUGUUUUCCUACACCACUGCAUCAUGGACUCUCUGCAGCCAAAGGAGAUGCCUGAAGAGAGUCUGUAUGAGAACUGUGACAUGAUAUAUGCUAAUGCUACUGCACUCAGAGAGUUUAACAAAAACAAGAUAAAUAUAUAGUGGCAAACUUGCACCCUGGCCUUUAAGCACUUAAUCAAAAACUGCAUGGUGUGUUUUAUUCUAUUACAGUGAUUUUCAUUUUAUCUAUUUAUUGUGUACAAAUGGCACAGCUGAGAUGUUAUUUAUCUUUUACAUCCUGCCAAAUGUGUACGAUCAUUGUUUCAGAAAAGAUGACCAAAGAAUGUUUUAAUAUUACAUUUAUUAACAAUAACAGAUGAGGGUAGAAAACAAUCUUUUGUACAUAAAAAUAAAAAAUAUUUUGUAUUUAAAACAAAUAGCAGAAUAUAGUACUACCAAGUUUGUAAAUGAAAUGCAGUACACUGUCGGAUUCGUGUAUAUUUUCAAACUAACUGUGCAUAAAUCUUCCAAUGUAAACUGGG